UCAUACACGUCAUAGGCAAGGUUAGAGAAAAGCCAUCAAAAGGCGCAACAUCGAUGUGCAUGUGAAUUAAAAUUCGAUUCGAGAAGGAUUUGAGAUUUUGAGCAGAAGCAGAACGACAAGAGAAUAUUUUACCGUUUUAUCCAAGGACGGAACUUCAGUGAGAAUGAAGUUCCUUUUGGAAAUGAUGGAGUGUGACACCGGUCGCCUUUUUUGAGGAUUCUUCCCCAAUGACUGAGGUUCUGGUGUAAAAUGGACUGGGUUGCGACAAAAAAACAAAUGGCACCAAAGUCUUCAUCCAGUAAUGCAGAAAAUGAUUCUCCGGCACAAAAUAAAAAGGAUAAACAAUCUCCUGCUUUCGUUCCCACCCUAAAAAGGAAUACUAAAUUAGGACAUGCUUUGGGCUUUACCUAUUAUAAUUCUGUGAAGGAGGCUAUUUUCGAAAUACCAGGCAAGCCUUUCGAGCCUCAGGAUAUGCCAGAAUCGUUUAAACAAUCCGAUUCUGACGUACAAGCCAUGCAUGUUUGUGACCAAUGCAAGGACUGUUUUCGUUUCGCUAAUACCUUAGAAGAGCACACGGCUCGUCGCAGUUGGAUUUUGGGCUAUUGGUGUCAGCACUGUUUCCAAUUAAGAUGUGUCCACGUGCCAAAAGGCAAACCAAUGUGCAACAAGUGUUGCUCGGCCCAGUUCUGCAAACGGGCCUAUCUCCGCACAAAGGGGAUGAAGAAGGGCCAACGGGCAGCCAUAAUACGGCUUUUUUACAAUCAGUGUCAAUUUUUUGCUCAUUUGAAAUACCACAAUGUGACAGCCGUGGAGAUAAGCGAGCUCAUGUUGAUGCCGAUUCCGGCCGAUGUAAAAAAGGAGGACUAUCCAAAGCUGGAUAAAGCCUGUAAAGCUCUCAUGGAAUACGGUUUUGCGAAUCGUAUUCACGUUAUGGAAUUUUUGCGACUGCAGAAAGCCGGGGCCACUUGGUGGAAUCAGCCUCAAAUUGAAUUUAAUUCCUUCGUUCCCGAAGUUCACAAUCUGGCUGAAAUUAUCAAUACUUUCAGCGAAACUGAAAUACCCGAGAAGACUGAUUAUUCACCUGACAAAAAUAAUACCUCAUCUAAUGUUAAUAAUAAUAAAAAUUCAGCCAAUAAUAAUUCAGCUAAUAACAAUUCAGUUAUUAAUAGUUCAGCGAAUAAAAGUAGUCCAGCUCUCAAGAAAAUGACGUUCAACAAAGUCACUCCUUCAUCUGCUAACAAGAGCAGUCCGAGUAUCAAUAAAAAUAUUUCUGUUCUCAACAAGAACAGUCCAGCUAGUAAAAGUAAUUCGGCUAAUACAAGUGGAGCUGCCAGCAAUCACAAUAAUUCAACUCCCGGGAAAAAUAAUCUCUCGGUCACCUAUUUUCAUUCUCCGUAUCGACCUCCAGCUGAUAUUGCUUUUGUCGAUUGUGGCCCAACGCCCGGAAUCCGAUCACCCAAUCAACCAAAAACGCCUCAGAAUAUUGCCCCAAAGCCAAUCAGUGAUUUGGAUUUUUUCGCAAAAAAGCACAAUUUUCAUGGGAUUUAUCGUCAGCAUCUCGCCGAAACUACAAAGACGAUUUCCCUAAAUUCUAGACAAUCACCCACCACUUCCAUAUCGACAUCAAUUGCCAGCAAUUCUCCGAAUAAAAUUUAUACGAUGAGCACUUCUAAUACAACGACGAGCACAGGACCAAAAAUAUCGGUGAAAAAAUUUGCGAGCGAUCCUGCCACAAAUUGGGGCGGACAGCUGGGCGAGAAUUCGGAAAAAUUGAAAAAUCAGGCACAGCCAUCAAAUACGAAAAUUCUCACAGUACAUAGUGAGAAAUGCCUCGAUCUAUCAUCGAUUAUCAGCCAACUUCCGCCUGAUGUCAUGAACAGCAAAAAGAUUGUCUUUAUCGAGCAAAAUUCGAAUUCGCAGUAUCAGAAAAAUGCCCAGGGUAGUAAAAGUACAAUUCAAAUAUCGUCACCAUCUCUCUCGGCAAAUUGCAUCAAAGUUGUGCCUCAGCGAAGGAUGCUUUCCAAGGAGCGAGACAAGAACAAACCGAUUCCGAUUUUACCAGCUGGAACACUGCCCUCGAUGAAGCAGGUGCAACCCGUUUUUAAAACUGUCAAGCCCAGCUUUCCGAUAACUUCUGCGAAUUCCAAUUCUCUAAAUUCGCCAAAGCCUCAUUUUACGGCAGCAGCGGGAACGAAAACUCUGAUGAAAAGUGUGACCGUCGAGAAGAAGGUGUCGCCCUCGAAUUACAAUCCGGGACAGAAAAUGUCCACCAAUCCGUCGGGUAUUAAACUCCAGCAGAUUAAUACCUACGACGGCAGGGUUUUUGUCCAGUCGGGUAAACGCUAUGUGAUUAAACAGUCGAAUACGGUGAAGUCAAGCUCGGGGCCGUCAAACAGCAUUUUGAAAAGUCAACUCUCUAGUCCCGUAAGUUUUGCCCUGAAAACAUUUCCCGCCUCGAGUGUCGUGCCAAAAUCAACAAAUGUCGUUCCAUGCUCCAUCUCGCCUCUGACUCCAUCGCCCUCGCCUUCAGAACUCUCGAGCAGUUCGAGCUGUGACAACCAGGCGAAACAGACGACAAAUUCCGAGGAUGAAUUCGACAAGAGUCUGUCUAUCAUCACACCUUCGAGCAAUGUUCUAUUUUCCACGAUAAAAUUUGACUUGCGCCUCUUAUCCAUCACCGAGCAGAAGCAUCUCUUCAUCAAGCAGGACGGGAAAUCGAGACCCUAUUUGUGCAAGUCGAAGGGCCUACAAUUGGUGAAAAAUACGAAAAACAAUGUCGCGAAAUUCCGACGAGCUAUGCUGGAUGACUUGCCCUAUCUGAACAGUAAAGAGAUUCAGCAGAGGAUUGCCCAUGUGAAGAAGGUGGGCGAAGAAUACUCGAAAUGCAUGAAAAUUACCGAUGACAAAGUGAUACUUGGACAUAAACGAUUGAUCAGCACUCUGGAAGAUUCAAUCGAGCAGGCGAAACUUUUGAGUAUUAAUGAGGGUGAAGAAAAUAAGAAGUCGAGGCCGAAUGAUGAUAUUAAUAGUGUGGAAGACUGGGAGAGUCAGGGCGAGUUGCAGCAGUGUCCCUUCUGCCAGAAACUGAAGAAACCAAAUAUCUAUCUGCCCGGAUUUUCGAAAUUAUCCAACGAUGAGUCGAAAUACUGCCAGUGUUAUAAUCGUCAGUGCAGUACCUGCAACACUUUUCAGGGAAGUUUGCCAAGAUUUGCGGCUCAUAUCAAUUAUCACGAGAAGGCAAUUCCACACACGUGUCCGGAAUGUUUGCGGGGUUUUCCAACUUUUGAUCAAUUGGAGAAGCACAUUUGGAUGAAUUGUUUCCAUCCAAUGGUGAAGAAUUGGAUGCUGGGUUGCAAAAUCUGCGAAAUUGACGGACUGACGACUUUUGAAGCCCUGAUUCGACAUUAUCUGAUCAUGCAUGCCGAGCGGGGAUUUGUCUGUUCGGAUUGCAAGCGGGUUUUCUUCACUGGUGAGGAGUGCAGCAAACACCAGGAGAAGCAUGCAAAGCGGAAGGAUUCUAAUGCCGAUCCAGUUGAAAUUAUCAUCUGUAAAGUGGGGAGGUGUAUUGUUUUGAAGAAAAAUUUCAAAGCCCAUUUGUCGGAGCAUAUGGGAGUGGAGGAGCAGAUUUUCUACAAGUGUCCCUUUUGUCCGUUCUCGAAACGUGACGGUGAGGCGGGUGUGAGGGAACUCUUUCGCGAUCAUUUGUUCGCGACUCACAGUCACAUUCUACCAAAUUACACGAAUUUCCGGAUUUUGAAUGAGGUCCAGGAGUCUCUGAAGCUGGAGAGCAAUGGUGGGGAAGUUUUGCCGAUGAUUGUGAAUACAAGAACAAUUGCUCAAGAAGCGUUCGAGAAGGGAACCCAGGAUGAGGAAUCGGUGGAUGAAAAUUCGGGAAUACCGAUGAUUAUCGAUGUGAGGUCGGAAGCUGUUGAUGUCAAUUCGACCAGCGUUGCUGAUUUAAUGCCCCAGAUUCUUGAUGUCAAAUCGAUUGCUAAUGAUUCCUUGCUGAAGGAUUCUCAUUCUGCGAAGAUUAAUUCCCCUUCUGUUAUUGAUAUCUCGCUGUCGCCGGUAACAAUUUGCAGCAAUCCACCCGUCGAGAAAGAAACUAUUGUUGAAAAUAAUUUGACAGUAGAAAAAAUGUCUGCAGUUGAAGAAAAUUGUGCAGUUCAGGAAAAUUGUGCAGGUCAGAAAAAUUCGGCUGUUGAAGAAGUUCCUCCUGCAGUUGCUGUUGAGUCUCCAAUUAAUCACAAUUCGGCGGAAUCCGCGAAAGAAACGAGUGCGGAGAAAAAUAAUCUACCUUUAACACCCACAAGUGCGUUGGAGGAUUUGAAAGCGAAAAUGAGCCGAACUUUUAAGACUCUCGCGAAGAAAAUGGAAGCGACGACCACGAUUUUGCAGGAGUGUUCGAAAUCGCUGCCAAAGUUGAAAACUUUCCCAGAGGUUCUCGAAUUGCCGAAGGAUGAUUCAAGUGUGACAAUUGACGCGGAGAUGGCGGCUGAAAAGGCAAAUGAAAGUACAGAGUUGGGUCAACUACCUCCACUCGCCCGAAUUCCGCAGUAUCUUCUCAGCAGUCCGAUUGUGGAAGACGAGCAAACGAGAAAAGCCCAGAAACGCAAAAGACCCGACAAAAUUGCCUUCAACGGUCCCCUAAAUUAUCAAGAGGAUGUUGUCGAAUUUAAGUGUCAUGUUUGCGAGAAAAUGAUUGAUUCCUCCUGGCAAGUGAUGAAAUCGCAUUUUGACAUCUGGCACCAGGACGCGUACACAAUUUGCAUACUGAAUCCUCAACUUCUCAAGAUCAGCUCGGACUAUAUUGAAGGCGGCUACAAGGCUGUGUUGGCGAAGAAUUAUAAGUGUGACUCGAGUCCGCGAAAGAAGCGAAAGAGGACACGUUUUGCGGCGAAAAUUGCGGAGAAAGCUUCCCUGGAGCAGGCAGCGGGACUCUGUGUGACAGCCGAGCGUGUCGAGGAUGAGGAUGGCACAUUUAAGUGCAAAAAGUGCGAUUUGAGAUGUGCGGAAAUUGGCGAGUUGCGGGAGCAUAUCGCAAAGAGUCAUAGGAUUAGGGGAAGGUAUUUGGUGUGUUUGGAGUGUGGUGAGAAUUUUGUGGUCGCUCCGAGUCUUCAGAUGCAUCUGAAAGCCUUUCAUGCAAUAGACGAUCCGCUGACGUAUUUGCUGCAGAAUACGGGAUUUGCACCGGAAAAUUUGGCGGAUGCGGAGGAGGAGGAGGAGGAGGGGGAUGAGGAGGCGGUGACGACUGAGGCCAAUCAGUGUUAUGUCUGUAUGGCUGUUUUUGAGGAUAAGGCUGCGGUUGACAAACAUCUGAGGGUGCAUGGUAUGGCCUUUCUUAAUCGUAAGAGGAUAGAGGCGAGGAAAAAUUUGGCUAGUCCGCAGAAGAAAUUUAAAGCAGCUGUGCCCAGUGCUGAGGAAGUUAGGAAUAGUGAUGUGGAGUCGAGUCUGGUGAAGGUGCAAGAGGAGAAGAAGGUGGAGAAUGCGGAAAGACCUGUGGCGGUUUCACAAAAUGAUGAGGUGGCUGCUGUCCUCGUAAAUGACACUGCAUAAACACGUCGAGGGUUGGAUAAAAUUUCUCAAAAACAAAACUAAAAUUUGUUGAUUUCAAGACUCGUAAAUUGUGGCGUCUUUUAAAAACGCAGAAAUACUGUUAAUUUUUUUUUUGUAGCUUUCUAUUUCAAUGCAUUUCCGAUUUGAUGUUAUUAUUUUUAAGUACAAUUGACGUCAUCCUAAAAAAAACUUAGUUUAAAUCAGAGUAUAUAUCAACAUUAGAAAUGUUAACAGUUACUUAUAACUUUAAAGUUUUUAAAAAUCAAUUUAAUUAUUACAUCGGCUUUAAAUUUCGUUCAAAUAUUUUGUACGGUAGGACUUUGUUGACAUAGAAAUAACCAAAAAAGAAAAAAGAAAAACAAUCCAUGAAAUGACUAUUUAAGAUCUGAUGCGAUAACAUGAAUUUUUUUUGACUGAAUUUAUGAUUGCACGUUUGUUAAGUGAACGCAGAAAUAUGAGAGUCGAAAUCUAGUCCUUAAUCUUUGCACAAUAGAUUUGUGACUUUUUUUGUUGUUGCACUGCGUUCACAUUUAACUUAAUUAUUUGUUGAUAUAUUUGUUGGUGCAUUAGAAAAUUGGAUUGAUCCGUGAUUAAGAAAACAGUUGUGAAAUUGCUGCAGUGUAAAGUCUGUUUCGCUUGAAUUAAGAGCUAAGUUUCCAUUAAUUUUAUUCUAUCACGUGAAUCAUCAGAUGAUGUUUUCUGGGGGAAAAGAAAGAACUUUUUAUCAUGAAACUCUCUUGAUUUAAAUUGUAAAAAUAAUUAAAAAGAAAGACAAAAAAAAACAAAUGCAAGCCGUGAAUGUACAAAACUUGUAUUCACGCCGAGCUAUUUUUCAUGAUUGAAUUCGAAAUCAUUGUACAUAUACUAAAUAUUUAGUAUGCUAACACGUCUUUUCAAUUAUUCAUUUUUAUAUAAGUCCACGCACUGUAUAUAAAACUCAAUUGUAUUUAGUUAGGCGUUGAAAAUUCGAGUAAUAAAUUAAGUAGGUGUUAAACCGGGCUGUCCAGUGUCCUGGAGAUCCUUGAAAACCUGGAAAA